AGAACCUAUUGGAGCACUCGUUGCAGAUCCUGGCAAAUAAUGGAUUCCAAGCAGAAACAACGUGCGGUCAUUGAGAUUUUGACGAAGGAGGGGUGCAGACUGUCUGACAUCCACAGAAGGCUACAGAAUGUUUACGGAGAUGGCACCAUUGACAAGAGCAAUGUGCACAGAUGGAUGAAGAAGUUUAAAGAAGGGGAAAACAGCAUUGAAGACAAACCACGUAGUGGCAGACCAACAACCGCUACCACUGACAAGAAUCGCCAGCAAGUGGACGAACUGAUUCGCACAGACAGACAAGUCACAAUCCGUGAGCUUGCAGCACAACUAGACUGUGGUCACAGUGCCAUUCAGAAGAUGGUUAAAGACUUAGGGUAUCGGAGAAGGUGAAGAACUGAGUACAGCAGUGCAUUCCUGAGUUUUAUUGGGAAUUGGUUUCAAAAACAUAGCUUGUGAUGGAGACGAAGUUGAGUAGAACCUUUGUAUAGAGGAAGAGUUGCUCCACCAACAUGUGCAAUUUAAUACUGUUGAUGAAAUUCCUUGUGAGAGAA